GUUAGACCAGAAUUGAAUAUGCAACUUUUGUUUUCUUUAGCGUGUUAACUAGAAGACUCAUUGAAGCAAGUGGGUUGUUUAAAGAAGCUGACAACGAUACACUAAAUGGACUAGAUAUUCAUAUUUAAAUAAAUCAAGAGAUUUUCACAAACACAGCUUCAUAGGUCUAUAACUUUACAACUGCUUUCAAAGUCAAUAUAAAGAUCAAACAUCCUUUUCACAUUUGCUGCUUAUAUUUCUUAUCAAGUUAUUGUGUGUUUGUAAAAAAAAAAAAACAAGAACAAUUCAUGAGAAUCAUCAACAGAAUGAGAAAUGGAAAAAAAUAUCAUGGAAGGUGUUUAUAUUUAUAUUAUAUGAUGCUUCUGGAUCUGACAAAUGCAACAUUUGGAAUUACAACCUCACAUAUUAGCGAAUUGGAUGGAAUUUCAGAAAAUAAACAGUUGUUACAUCGGCGUCUGAAGAGAAGCUGGGUAUGGAACCAGUUUUUUGUUCUGGAAGAGUACACAGGAACAGACCCACUUUAUGUUGGCAAGCUCCAUUCAGAUAUGGACAAAGGAGAUGGAUCCAUUAAAUAUAUCCUUUCUGGAGAUGGAGCAGGUACCAUGUUUACAAUUGAUGAUACCACAGGAGAUAUUCAUGCAAUCCAAAGGCUGGAUCGAGAAGAGAGAGCCCAGUAUACUCUGAGGGCACAGGCUCUAGAUAGGAGGACUGACAGGCCAAUGGAGCCGGAGUCAGAAUUUAUCAUUAAAAUCCAAGACAUUAAUGACAAUGAACCUAAGUUUCUGGAUGGUCCAUAUACAGCUUCAGUGCCAGAGAUGUCACCUGUGGGUACCUCUAUUAUCCAGGUGUCAGCAACAGAUGCAGAUGAUCCUACUUAUGGAAGCAGCGCAAGGGUUCUAUACAGUAUUUUGCAAGGACAGCCAUAUUUUUCUGUGGAUUCAAAAACAGGAAUUGUUAGGACAGCUUUAACAAACAUGGACAGAGAAUCAAGAGAGUAUUAUGAAGUAAUUAUCCAGGCCAAAGACAUGGGUGGACAGCUUGGAGGAUUAGCUGGAACGACCACUAUCAAUAUCACACUUAGUGAUGUAAAUGACAAUCCUCCAAGAUUUCCUCAGAAGCACUACCAAAUGAGUAUUUUGGAAUCAUCUCCAGUAAAUUCUACGGUGGGGAGAGUUCUCGCUACUGAUCUUGAUGAAGGAAUUAAUGCAGAAAUGAAGUAUAGCAUUAUAGAUGGAGAUGGACUUGACGUCUUUGAUAUUAGCACAGAUCCUGUUUACCAAGUCGGAGUUAUCACAAUCAGAAAGCCACUAAAUUUUGAGUACAAGAAAAACUACAAUCUUAAAAUUGAGGGUGCAAAUCCUCACUUAGAAGUUCGCUUUCUGAGCCUGGGACCAUUUCGUGACACAACAUCAGUGCAUAUUACUGUGGAAGAUGUUGAAGAACCUCCUGUGUUUCAGUCCACAUUAUAUUUUGUUGAAGUUUCUGAAAAUGUGGAUAUUGGGACUACUAUACAGGUUGUUUUGGCAAAGGACCCCGAUGCAACCAACAACUCAAUCAGGUAUUCUAUUGACAGAAAUAGUGAUCCGGGAAGAUAUUUUUAUGUUGAUAUUACAACAGGAGCAUUAAUGACAGCUAGACCUUUGGAUAGAGAAGAGGAAUCUUGGCAUAACAUCACCCUAUUGGCUAUGGAGAUGAAUAACCCAACACAGAUUGGAAGUGCACAUGUUACUAUAAAGGUUUUAGAUGUUAACGACAACGCUCCUGUGUUCACCAAGUUCUUUGAAACCUUCAUGUGUGAAAAUGCAAAGGCUGGACAGCUGAUACAAACAGUCAGUGCAGAAGACCAAGAUGAUCCACAAGAGGGUCAGCACAUAUAUUACAGUCUGGCUCCAGAGGCAGCUAAUAACCCAAACUUUACUAUAAGGGACAACCAAGAUAACACAGCUUGGAUAUUAACCAGACGAUCAGGCUUCAGACAGUCUGAACAAAGUACAUUCUACCUCCCAAUCCUGAUAGCCGAUAAUGGGCGCCCCAUGCUGAGUAGCACCGGUACACUAACUGUCCAAGUAUGCAGCUGUGAUGAAGAUGGGGAUAUAAUGUCCUGCAGUGCUGAGUCCUACACAUUACCCAUAAGCCUCAGCAGAGGAGCACUGAUUGCUAUUCUUGCCUGCAUCUUUGUAUUAUUAGUAUUGGUUUUACUUAUCUUAUCUACAAGAAGGCACAGAAAACAGCCCUACACAAUCGAUGAAGAAGACAACGUCCAUGAAAAUAUUGUUAGAUAUGACGAUGAAGGAGGAGGAGAGGAAGAUACAGAAGCCUUUGAUAUUGCAGCUAUGUGGAAUCCAAGGGAAGCACAUAUUGGGAAGAGUAGACAAGACAUGCAACCAGAAAUUGAGAGCCUUUCACGCUAUGUGCCUCAGACAUGUAUAAUGAACAACAACGUACAUAGCUACAUGUUAGCUAAACUCUUUGAAGCUGAUACGGAUGUUUGUUCUCCUCCCUUUGAUUCGCUCCAAACAUAUAUGUUUGAAGGAGAGGGAUCCGUAGCCCAAUCUCUUAGUUCUUUACAGUCAUUCAGCACAGACUCAGAUCAGAGUUAUGACUAUCUUAAUGACUGGGGUCCUCGGUUUAAAAAGCUUGCUGAGAUGUACGGUGCCAAGGAUGCUAAUGGAUCUUUGUGAAAAAGAUUUAGAAAACUAAAGAAAGAAGUAUCUUUUUUAUGCAGGGCCUCAAGCCCCCAACCAAACUGGAUCCAUUUUCAUUAGGCAAUUUACUGAGGAUACAACACAUAAGAACAAUUAAAGACAACAUCCCUAGAAGUGGACAAAACAUGAGUUUGCUCUGGAUCAGCUUUAUUUGCUCAAAAAAAUUUAAGAACAUGUGUAAGAAUGUUAUUGAUAAUGUUGAUGAUAUGAAAAAGAAGACGCCAUUUCCCAGUUCUAAUGGACUAUUAGUAGUUUUAAAAAAGGAAGUCCCAGAUUAAUAUGGCAUAUAUUUUUAUACAACACUGACAUAUUUACAUCUUUGUCAACAGCUUCUUUGAAACACAGACAUUGGAAUUAUAGUUAUCUAAAGGGAAAUAUGUGAGAUAAUAAAUUAUUUGUGCACCCCAAAAAUAUAUCCCUUUGUAAAUAAAAUAUUAAUAUAAAUUUUAAAUAUUUUGUUGCCAAUUUGAAUCUAUACAAUGCAAGAAAGGGGACAUACAUUCCUAUUCCCAGUAUUAUAUUUAUUAGUAAGCAAUCUGCAAUAAUAAACUAACAUCUCUCUCUUUUAUUUUCAUGUAAAACUUAUCCAGCGACAUCUCUCUGCAAAAAAAUAAUAAAAAAAUAAUAAUAUAGGCCAUAUGGUCUGUUAAAAUCUGUGUCAUUUCAAUGUGCCAAAAGCAAAUAUUAGAUGCUAUAUUUGAAAGCCAAAUACCUAAUUUAAUGAAAGUACACUGUAUUGUAGGUUAGAGGGCUAUCCUACUCAGUCAGUUCAACCCAAGGAUUGUUUACAUAAUUGUACGUUAAAUAAACUAGCUGAAAAAAUUGCAAAAGACAAAAAAGUUGUAAGAAUAUGUUUGUUUUGUACAUUUGUCAAUAAUUUUGGUAAUGAAAUAUUAUGUACUGAAUGUCCAGUACUUUAGCACUUCUUUAAUAAAAAUUUGAACCGA